ACUCUCCAGUAAUUUGAAAAAAGAACAGUUUAGAGAAACAUCUAAGUUUUUUCCUAAUCACCUAUUAGAUUAAGUUAUAAGAAAAGGUGUUUAUCCUUAUGACUAUAUGGAUUCGUGGGAGAAAUGUGAAAUGGAUAAACUUCCUUCAAAACAAGAAUUCUAUAGUAUAUUAAAUGAAUGUGAUAUAUCGGAUAAAGAUUAUGAACAUGCACAAAACGUAUGGGAAGCAUUUAGGAUUAGGAAUAUGGAAGAAUAUUCAGAUCUAUAUGUGAAAACAGAUGUUUUGAUACUAGCAGACAUCUUUGAGAAUUUUAGAGAUGUAUGCUUGAAAACUUAUAAAUUAGACCCAGCAUGGUAUUAUACAGCACCUGGAUUAUCAUGGGAAGCAAUGUUGAAGAUGACAGAUGUAAUGUUAGACUUGAUAAGUGAUUAUGAUAUGAUUUUAAUGAUAGAAAAUGGGAUAAGAGGAGGAAUCUCUCAAUGUGUUAGGGGUAUGGAAAUGCAAAUAACAAGUAUAUGA